UCAUUUACAUACUUUUCCCCCUAACAGCAACGGAAACAGUGGGGAACCGGAGAGCCUAACAGUUAGUGAUCUCAUACUCUUAACUUUAAAGAUAAAAGCAAAACAUAGAUAGGAUAGGCACGUGAAGCUGAAGAUUAACAUUACAAACAACUGCCGUUUUAUAAAUAUUUAUUGCGUUCAAUUUUUUUUUUAACUUUCAUGUAUUUUUGUUCUUAAUUUUUAAACCAACAGUCAGCUCAUAAAGCCUAAAGGAAGACUGCUUGCUACGUCUGCACUUCUCAUACAUUAUCUGAAUUAGCCUGUAGCACAGCCAUUAAAAAACGCUUUGGAUUUAAAUUAACAUUGAUCCACUGUCGGGGAAAGCUGUAUGUGGAAAAGUACACUUCGGUGAAAUCGCUGCUGUCUCCCAUGUGAGGGUUGGUGCCAACGCCUUUUUUUCUCUCUCUGCUCCCCGGUUAUUACGGCUGCUGAAGAAAUCGCUGUGUGUAUUUUGUGUUGCUUCUAAAACUGAGAGUUUGAGUUUUAUUAUAUCGGUCUCUCUACGAAUACUUAUUGGUAUUUCAAAAUGGGAUGUACGCUAAGUGCCGAGGACAAAGCGGCGGUGGAGAGGAGUAAAAUGAUCGAUCGGAAUCUGAGAGAAGACGGAGAGAAAGCGUCCAGAGAAGUCAAACUGCUGCUGCUUGGUGCCGGGGAGUCGGGGAAAAGCACAAUAGUAAAGCAGAUGAAGAUUAUCCAUGAGGACGGCUACUCGGAGGAGGAGUGUAAGCAGUAUAAAGUGGUCGUGUACAGCAACACCAUCCAGUCCAUCAUCGCCAUCAUCCGUGCCAUGGGCCGCCUAAAGAUCGACUUUGGGGACCCUGCACGAGCGGACGACGCCCGGCAGCUCUUUGUUUUGGCCGGGACGGCGGAGGAGGGGGUGAUGACGGCGGAGCUGGCCGGGGUCAUCAGGCGUCUGUGGAAGGACGGGGGGGUGCAGACCUGCUUCAUCCGGUCCCGGGAGUACCAGCUCAACGACUCCGCCUCAUACUACCUGAAUGACCUGGACAGGAUAUCCCAGCAGAGUUACAUCCCCACCCAGCAGGAUGUGCUUCGAACCCGAGUGAAAACCACUGGCAUCGUGGAAACACACUUCACCUUCAAGGAGCUGUACUUCAAGAUGUUCGACGUGGGCGGCCAGCGGUCGGAGAGGAAGAAGUGGAUCCACUGCUUCGAGGGCGUGACCGCCAUCAUCUUCUGCGUGGCGCUCAGCGACUACGACCUGGUCCUGGCCGAGGACGAGGAGAUGAACCGCAUGCAUGAGAGCAUGAAGCUGUUCGACAGCAUCUGCAACAACAAGUGGUUCACCGACACCUCCAUCAUCCUCUUCCUCAACAAGAAGGACCUGUUCGAGGAGAAGAUCAAGAGAAGCCCGCUGACCAUCUGCUACCCGGAGUAUUCGGGGUCCAACACGUACGAGGAGGCGGCGGCCUACAUCCAGUGCCAGUUUGAGGACCUGAACAGACGGAAGGACACCAAGGAGAUCUACACGCACUUCACCUGCGCCACCGACACCAAGAACGUGCAGUUCGUCUUUGACGCCGUCACCGACGUCAUCAUCAAAAACAACCUGAAGGAGUGUGGGCUGUACUGAGACCGCUGAGCUUCUCACAGGUUGCUCUCGUGGCUGAAGCAUGACUAAUUGGAUGAUCAUCACUGGGGCUGUUUGUGGGAGAUCGCUCGGGGGGUUUGGAGGGGUUUGGAGGGGUUCGGACGAGGCGGAGACGGUGACCGUACUGCAUGCAGAUUCCCCCCGCGCUCCAGCGCCAAAUUCCCAAAUAUCGGAUCUUUUAUUUUCCCCGACGAAGACGACGUCGCGUUACGACCCACGCUAAAGCGCACCCGGGCAGAGCCUUGUACAUACAGCAGGGGGCGCUCUGCCUGAAAUUCGGCGAAGUUUUGGCAUUUCACUCGAGCGUAUUUUCUGGAUUUCUCGGAGGACGGUGCCGCAUUAGGCAGUUUGGUAAUAUGACCUGGGAAGGGGAUAAAAGAGAGAAAAUGAAAAUACUCUUUCAUCAGCAUUGUAGAAGCACAUCUGAACAGAAACAUACAACCUGUUUUCCUCCACGUACCAGUUUGCUGUUCAGCCAGUCCUGAGAUUGCCACUUUACUAUGCACAAUGACCAAAACCUACAACGCUGAUUUUAGUUUCUGAUGUUUGGUUUUGCAUCCGUGGGCUAAGUGGGGAAAACCCGCUUUUGGUCUAUAGUCGCCAUUUUAUAUACUCCACACACCAGUAUUUACCAGUUUUUCAGUCUUAUUCUGAAUAGUCUUGCAUUUUUUGUUUUUUUUUGCUGUCAAAAUCACAUCAUCUUCAGCCCAUUGUAAAUAUUGAAUAGAUUUAUUUCAGGAAUUUAAUUUAGCUGUUCACAGGAGCUUACUUUGAUUUUUCAUCAGUAUUUUAGUGAUUUCGUUUUUUCCCCCUCUGUCUAAAAAUGGCAGUUUUUCCGGUACACUAAUUUACCUGUGGGUCAUGCAUUGUGAAAUGGUCCCGGGUGGUUUUGUUUAUUCUAACCACUGCUACUGAUGCUCUUGUUUGCUGAAAGUGUGAAAUAGUUUGACCUUUGAAACCAGUGUGCAGUUUGUAGUUUAGUCUUAAAGAGACGGUUCACUUUCUGGAGUUUUUUAGGAUAAUAUUUCAGCUUCCAUGUAUGUUUUUAAUAGACCGAGCCUUUUUUACGUUUACGUGUAAAAGGAUAUUUUAGAUACUGACAAGUUCCUCACAGGAAAUGGUUCCAAACGAAGAUGACAUUAAAUGUCAUUUUUAAACAUUAAAAUGGCAAAUAAAUAAUUGUAUGCUGUAGAGUGGAAACCUCUGGAGGCAUGAUGAGGCCGGUUUGGAGUUACAUGAAACAUAUUUCGUUUGCUUUAAAGCACAAAUCCGUCGAUGACCCUUCGCAAGCCACUGUAAAACAUUCAGGUCGUGGGAAAGCUCUGAAUCCAUAAUACCUUCGACACACACGAGAACCGUUCUGUCCAGCUGAAACCAUGUAAGGAAAACUGAAAUAAUAUCCAAUCUUCAGAGAGUGAACAAUCCCUUUAAACUGCGGAAAAUUAUUUUCAUAUCCACCAGUGUUGAUACCUGUUUUGGGGCUGGGAAAAAAAAAAAAAAAGAACACCUUCUUUUUUUUCCUCCUUUUUUUUAACCGAAACUAGAGAGGGAGUCUUUGAGGGACCACUUUAUACUAACCGAUAUUUUUAUAUGUGUGGAGCUUGUCCACGGAGUGGGAGUUACUGUCACUGUUAAGCAAGAACCGCUAACGUUUUGGCCGUGGCUUUGAGUCAGAUUGUUUAACACUUUCUAUGGAGAAGCUGUUCAAAUAAAAACCCUGAAUUGUAUGCAUGGAACAGAAACAGGGUUGGCAUUCACUGCUUGGUAUUUUAAGCAUAAUUUUCAAAGAAAGAAAUUAGUUUUUAAUUGAAAGUGAUGGGUUUUAAUUGAGUGGGGCUCAGUUCAAAAUGUACUUGGCAGUCACAGAUCUAGUUUGUCAAAGUGACCGUUUUUUUUUUUGGGAAGGGCAGUUAUGUUCUCCUUGGCCCCUGUCCCAACAGCAUGCCUUGACCCUGUAAAACUUUAAAAGUGUUGCCAAAUAGCCAAAUACCAUUUUGUGAUCGACUGCAGCGACUUCCAAGUGCCGUACAUUCCUGUGAAAGAUCUGGUGAUCUCUCUGUCAGUUUGACUUUGUACAGAUGUAUUGUUAAUCUUUACACUAUUAAAUGGUGGUGACAAACUCUU